AUGUCUAAAAUACCAAGCCAGCAGGUGGUCAUUGUCGGAGUCGACGCAAAUGCGAAAAUAGGACUCGAACAGCAAUCCGAUGUGCUAAGAAAAUGGUAUUAUCCAGCGGAGCGCAAGUCGAACGGCGACCGUCUGGUAUUUACCUAUACCAUUUUAUGCGAACAGACGGGCCUCAUUAUCGCAUCCACGUUUAAGAGGAAUCAUCGAAGCCAUCAGCUCACGUGGCAGAAGUCAUCCCUUCUAACGCCUGGAGAGCAGCGCAAAGCGGAAGAUGAGAACUCUUAA